AUGUCGGGCGAAGAACUUCAGGACAUCAAUGCCAAUGAGAUCGAGUCCAACUGGGACCAGGUCGUAGACAACUUCGACAACAUGGACCUCCGCCCCGAGUUGCUCCGUGGAGUGUAUGCAUAUGGUUUUGAGCGCCCCUCUGCCAUUCAGCAACGCGCUAUCGUGCCCGUCAUCAAGGGCCAUGAUGUUAUUGCCCAAGCCCAAUCGGGUACUGGGAAAACCGCCACCUUCUCUAUCUCCAUCUUGCAAAAGCUUAACCUGGAUGUGAGAGGCACCCAGGCACUCAUCCUGGCUCCCACACGAGAACUUGCCCAGCAGAUCCAAAAGGUGUUGUCGCUCUCGGACAUGGCCAAACUCCAGGAGGGCUGCCAAGUAGUCGUUGGAACCCCCGGGCGUGUAUUCGACAUGCUUAAGCGUGGUGCUCUCAAAGCCGCAACCAUCAAGCUUUUCUGCUUGGAUGAGGCCGAUGAAAUGCUUAGCCGUGGAUUUACCGAGCAAAUCUACGAUAUCUUCACGCUCCUCCCCAGCGACACUCAGGUUGUGCUGCUUAGCGCCACCAUGCCCGCCGAUGUCUUGGAGGUUACCAAGAAGUUCAUGCGCGAACCUAUUCGUAUUCUUGUCAAGCGUGAUGAACUUACCCUUGAAGGUAUCAAGCAAUUCUACAUUGCCGUCGAGAAGGAGGAAUGGAAACUCGAUACCCUUUGCGAUCUUUACGAAACCGUUACGAUCACCCAGGCUGUCAUCUUCUGUAACACCCGUAGGAAGGUCGACUGGCUUACGCAAAAGCUCACUGAGCGCGAGUUUACUGUGUCCGCCAUGCACGGGGACAUGGAACAGGGCGUCCGUGAGGGUAUUAUGAAGGACUUCCGCGGCGGAACUUCUCGUGUUCUGAUCACUACCGAUUUGCUUGCACGUGGUAUUGACGUGCAGCAGGUUUCCCUUGUCAUUAACUACGAUCUUCCUGCCAACCGCGAAAACUACAUCCAUCGCAUUGGCCGUGGCGGUCGUUUCGGUCGCAAGGGGGUGGCCAUUAAUUUUGUUACGACUGAAGACGUCCGCAUGCUCCGUGAUAUUGAACAAUUCUACAACACUCAAAUUGACGAGAUGCCUCUCAACGCAUCACCAAAAGCAACUCGCCGUGACGAGGAUGCCAAGUCGGUUGCAAGCCAGAUCGAGGCUGCGUACCAAGUCCAAGUCCAAGACAAGGAGGCUGACUUCCCGGACGGAGGGCUGCGUGCUUGGUUAGUCUCUGCAGGGAUUCGGAUUCAUAAACACAUGGGGUGUAUUUCAAGCUUACUACCAGGAGACCAUGCUCCCCCACAUUUCUCCUUCAAAAAUGUCCGUGCAUGGAUUGGAUCGAUUCAGUAUGCCCUUGUUUUCUUUCCCGGGCUCGUGACGGGCCGAAUGUUCGAUUUGGGCUACUUCCGUGGCCCUCAACUCGCUGCGGCCGCGUUGUUUGUUGCGGGAACUUUCUUGACUGCUGAAUGUAAAGAGUAUUGGCAAUUCUUGCUAUGCCAGGGACUGGCAGUCGGACUUGCGUCGGGACUUUUGUUUGGGACCAUGAUUCCGGUCAUAACCCAUUGGUUUAAAGCUCGUCGUGGGUUAGCCAUAGGCAUUGCAGCCUCCGGGUCAAGUAUCGGAGGCACAAUCAUUCCUAUCGUAGCGAGACGGCUUAUCCCGAUGAUUGGGUUCAAGUGGGCAAUACGAGUUAUCGGGUUUAUCCUACUUGUAGUUGUUGUGGUAGCCGUUCUUACUACCCGGCGUCGACUCCCACCAGUGUUCGUUGCCGGAGGACUGUUAAACCCCAGUGCAUUUCGCUAUGCUCCGUACUCGCUUUAUGUAUUGGCUGCAUUGCUGGCGUGGUUAGGGUUGUAUACUGUCCUAACGUACUUACAGGUGUAUGCAAAAGAAGUCAAGAUUUCCCCGAAUCUAAUCCCCUACUUGAUCUCGAUUUCCAACGGUGCCUCAUUCUUCGGUCGAAUAGGCUCCGGCUACCUAUCGGACCGUAUAGGCCCUCUGAAUGCACUCAUCCCAGCAACGAUGAUCACCGGUGUGGCCACUUACGCAUGGCCAUUCGCACGCAGCGAUGGAUCUUUGAUCGCCAUCGCAUGCAUAUACGGUGGCUCUCUAGGAUUCUUCACGGGCAUGUGGCCGAUGCCCGUUUCGACCAUGGGUAGCGUGGACGACGUGGGUCGACGAACCGGGAUGUUGAUGAGUAUCGUCACGAUCGGCGCUCUCGCUGGUCCUCCGAGUUCUGGUGCUAUCAGAGACGCUACUGGGAGCUUCGAGUAUGUGGGCUAUUAUGCAGCCCCUUCGAAUACUCCGCGAAUAAAAACACAAGGCUCCUUCUUGGUUCGGUUCGUGCUCUCCCUCGACUCCCCCAUGACGACUUCACUCGUGCCUUCGUCCCGCCCCAUUUCACUCGGUACUACCGGCGAUGACAUCGACGGAAAGACGAUUGCGGAAAGUGAUACCGGCAAGAGAGAAUCCGGUCUGGAUCCGGACCAGGAAAAGCCAGAGCACCAUCGCCUGGCUAACAUCGAUGCUGCCCCCGAUCGCGAGGAACUGAAGAAGGAGGGAAUCGCCCAAGGCGAAGACGAGUUUCCUGAUGGUGGACUACGAGCUUGGCUGGUUGUUCUGGGUGGCGCAUGUGUGACGUUUGGCACGUUCGGAUUCGUCAAUGCCUGGGGUGUAUUCCAAGCUUACUAUCAAGAGACUGUUCUUUCCGACACCUCGCCAUCCACAGUAGCAUGGAUCGGGUCGGUGCAGUAUGCCCUUGUAUUUUUGCCUGGCCUUUUGACUGGAAGGUUAUUCGAUUUGGGUCAUUACCGGGUUCCCCAAAUAUUCGCGGCUGCCUUGCUUAUUAUUGGGACGUUCCUGGCCGCUGAAUGUCAUGAAUAUUGGCAGUUUUUGCUUUGCCAGGGCAUUGCCGUAGGUCUUGCUUCGGGCUUUUUGUUCGGACCAACAAUUGCAGUCGUGUCUCAUUGGUUCCGUGCUCGUCGAGGUCUGGCACUAGGUAUACUCGCAUCUGGCUCUAGUAUUGGUGGUACGGUGAUACCUAUUGCGGUCAGAAAGCUCAUACCAAUAGUCGGUUUCAAAUGGGCAAUGAGAAUCAUUGGAUUCAUUUUGCUAUUCGUUUUGACCGUGGCCAUUCUUACCCUGCGUCGUCGUCUUCCUCCCAAAAAGGUCUCUGGUGGUCUAUUAAACCUCAAAGCAUUCCUACACAUUCCAUAUUCGAUUUACGUUUUGGCUUCGGUGGUGUCCUUCCUUGGAUUAUACACAGUUUUGACUUAUCUUGAGGUCUAUGCAACCGAGAUUGGUCUUCCAGAAGAUUUUGCAUUCUACAUGAUUCCCAUCGCCAAUGCAGCGUCUCUGUUCGGUCGCGUCGGCUCGGGAGUUGUUAGCGAUCGUAUUGGGCCCAUCAAUACUCUUAUCCCAAGCACUCUCGUCGCUGGAGUAUGCACUUAUGCAUGGCCUUUUGCCCGUAACAAAGGGUCGCUCAUCGUACUGGCUUGUAUCUACGGCGCCGCUUGUGGUGUAUUUGUCGGAAUGCUUGCAACCCCAGUGGCCAAGAUGGGUAGUAUGGACGAUGUAGGAAGGAGGACCGGGAUGCUUAUGAGUGUUAUUGCCGCUGGAGCCGUUGCUGGUCCUCCUAUUUCGGGAGCUAUUCGCGACAAAACGGGUAGCUUUAUUCAAGUAGGAUAUUACGCAGGUUCGUGGCCUUCUCAUUCAUAG